GCUGGCAUGAUAUGCUUCGAUCGAAUUGACCCCACUCCAGAACCGCUGAUUUUACACCCACAACUCUUUCAACCACACGCAUGAUCGCGCAUCGCACGAGUCCCGGUACCCUUUCCCUUUGUCCGUUGACACCGGUCUCCAUAUAAAAAUCCAACAAAGAAAUCAAGGGGAGAGAGAGAGAGAUAGUAUCGAAGAAACGGCCUCGCGCGAGCGCUUUGUGGUACCUUUGUUUUCUUUUUCCAUGAGCUGUUUUUCGCCCAGCUAUAUAAUUCAUCAUGUUUUGGCGUUUCGGGGGAUAUGCAAGUAUCUCCUCCAUUGAUACCCUGCUCGACAAGCCUGAUGUCUCGCUCGAGGAGCUGCUGGACGAGUCCGAGCUGGUCCAGGAGCUCAAGCAGCAUAAUACGAAACUCAUAGAAUAUUUACGCGAUGAUAAUGUCUUGAAACGGCUUAUGGACUAUGUGAUCGCGCCCAGCCUGGUGAACGACGAUGACGAGGAUGAAGAUGAGGAUAAGGACAAGAAAGAGAAAGAGAACAAGACCGAGAAUGAUACCCAUGACAGUGAUGCGGCGGCCGAGGGACAGGAAGAUCCCUCGGAGGAGAAGCGCGGGGAUCCGUUGAAGGACAUCUUGAGCCCGGAGGACCUGGAUAAGGCCGAGAAGGAUCGCCUCAAGCGCGCUUAUAUUGCCUGCGAGAUUCUGUCCUCCGAAGUGUGGUCCAUCAUGGAGUCGGUCAUGCUCAACCCGCGCGCGCUGCGAGACUUCUGGGGCUUCCUGAGGAGAUCGCCGGCCCUGGAUUCCGUCCAGGCGAGCUACUUCACCAAGGUCAAUGAAACCUUGUUCGACAAGAAGACCGGUGACAUGCUCGAUUUCUUCAAGUCGCUCGACGGGAUUAUCCCCGCCUUCCUCCAGCACAUCGACAAUCCAAUGGUCAUGGACCUGUUGCUGAAGAUUAUCAGUCUGGAAAAGGCCGAAGGGGGCCAGGGGAUUGUCGAGUGGUUGAAAACGCAAGACUUAAUACCGACGCUCCUGUCCUAUCUCUCCCGCGACCACCCUGACUCGGUCCAAACGUCCGCCGGCGAUUUCCUCAAAGCCAUCAUUACCAUCUCCGCCAACGCGACCCAGAAUGACCAAUCCUGUAUUGGUCCCAACAGCCUGACUCGCCAAAUGGUCUCCACGCCAUGCAUUGAGAGCCUGAUCCAGGCGAUGCUUCUGGGUGGGAACACCCUCACCGUCGGGGUCGGGAUCGUGAUCGAAGUCAUCCGAAAGAACAAUUCGGACUAUGACCCGGAGAACAUCAACAGCCCCGAGACCAUGCCCUCCACCUACGACCCGAUCUACCUCGGCAACCUGCUGCGCCUGUUUGCGAAACAUAUCCCCGACUUCAUGGCGCUGAUCCAGAGCUCGAGGCACACCGUGAAGGACGGCAGAGACGUGAAGAGUGUCGAACGAGGCCAGCUGAGCUCCGCAUGGGGUGCCAAGAUUGAGCCCCUAGGGUUCGACCGGUUCAAGACCUGCGAGUUGAUGGCCGAGCUGCUCCACUGCAGUAAUAUGGGCCUGCUGAACGAGCCCGGCAGCGAUGACUACGUCGAGCAGCGGGAUGCGGACCGCGAGCGGCUGGCACGGGAGGGCGCCUUCAAUCUGCACCAGGAAGAAACCUCGGUUUUUGACGGAAACGACUCGACCACGGACUUUGUGAAUGGGUCCGUCAUCGGGUAUGGCUCUCCCGAAGGCUCCAAGAUCACGGCGGGCGAGGACGGUUUCGACGAAGUGAGCUCUUCCGGGGUUCUUAUCGACAAAGAGAAAGACGCUGGCGUUCCAGGUGCCCCUAGCGGCGAAUCCCAGUCGGAGCGGACCCCGGCGACAGCGGAAGCUUCUCCCGCAUCAGGGGCAGACCCCUCGAUCAAGGAGCACGAUGGCCAGCCGAAGCCAGCUGUCCCGGCCAUUUCAACGCCUGAACCAUCCCAAACGCCCCCAUCCGAUCCGCUUUCUCCUAGCACGCUAGGUCUCACAGACCGGAUUGGAGAGGUUUCUCUCAACAAUCAGACAGGCCUGGAGGAACCCAAGGCUUCUUCUGCGGUGAGCUCGGGUGAGCUGGCAGAAUCGUUGCAGAGCGAUCCCUCGCAGUCCUCUGCGCCCAUGUCCUCCAAUCCCGAGGCGGUCCCUGCGCCUCUCUUUUCCGCAAGCCAGCAGGGUCAGCAGGAGACGCCUCAGCCCGACGCUGCGGAUUCCGAAAACAACGCUGCACAGGUGCAGCAGAUGCAUCCGGAUGUCCAGGUAGAUACAAACGGUCAACCUGUGGUAGGUGACUAUCUCAAGAUCAUGUUUGUUGAGAAUCGGGUCGUCCCCACCAUCUUGGGCUUCUUCUUCCGGUUCCCCUGGAACAAUUUCCUCCACAAUGUGGUCUAUGAUGUGAUCCAGCAGGUCUUCAACGGGCCCAUGGAGCGCGGCUACAACCGCGCAUUGGCCAUCGAUGUCUUCGAGACUGGCCGUAUCACGCACGCCAUCGUCGAAGGGCAAAAGCGAAGCGACGAGACGCAACGGGCCAAGCAGAUCCGGCUCGGGUACAUGGGUCAUCUGACCCUGAUCGCGGAAGAAGUCGUCAAGUUCGGUGAACGUCACCCACCCGAGCUCCUUUCGCCAGCAGUGAUGGACAGCGUGUUGAACCCGGAGUGGAUCGAGUACGUGGAGCAAACGCUCUCCGAAACUCGCGAGCGCGACAAUGCGAUCCUCGGCGGAGUACGACCGGACAUGGCGAUCGGGCAUCGUCAGGGCACGGCGAAUACCGGACAAGGUACGAGUACUUCGUCAGCCCUUGCCGAUGCGGGGUUGAACGGUCAGAUGGGAGGAAACUCUGGCUUCCAGGGCUUCGACGCGAACCAGGGGAGUGUCUCUGGAGGGGCAUUCGGGUUUGGGGGCAAUGGCGGCUCUUCGCUAAGCGGGUUUGCCAGCUCGAGUGAUGACGAGGACGAUGACAUGGAGGACCAAGACGAUAGAGCUGGGGGUGAUGCAUCCGCAGAAGGCGGUCCUGAAAAUGUGGGUGACGAUUUUUUUACCGAUGUUGACAUGAGUGACCCAUGAGAUCUUAUACUAUGACGAUUCUUCCGUUUUACCGUUUGACCCUUCUACCCUUUGAUACCCUGUCUGUUUGCUCCAUGUCCUCAUACUUGUCUUUCUGCGUGCGUGACCUUCUAUUGGGUCGUUUAGCAGGAAAGAUGCGCAUGAUGGAACAUGAAUGUGGAGGUCGU